AGGAGGCUAAGUUUUGGUCAAAAGCACUCGUCUAAUUUGGACGACUUGCGGACCCCCAAGGCCAAGGGAAACUUGGGCUCGAGUUUGAUACCAAUUAGCUUUUGCGCCUUGCGUUCAUUUUCUAUCUCUAUAACACAGCUGGAUUUGCCUUUUUUCGUUCGUUAUCGACCAUUGUUUAAUGUAUUCACCUUCAAACAAUAGUCUAGGAGAAAUGUAUUAUCAAACUAAUUGCAAUAUAAUGAGAUUGGUUGUUCGGAAGCGACCAAUUGUUCUUAGUUAUUAUGCGGGAAAGUUAUUGAGUCAUCGAGUGUUUUUAUUAUGCAAAAGAGAUACUUUGUCGCUUAGGUGUUCCAUUUACCACAAGGAAAGUUAUUUCAAGAGAAAAAGCAUCAGCUUUAAGAUCUACAUCAUAUAAAGGAUGAAUAAUUUGAGUUCAGGUAACAGGCAAGCCUCAUUGAAUCUGGGGCAGACAAAUGCCAAGUGUGCAAGAUGUGGAAAGACUGUGUACUUUGCUGAACAAGUUUUUGGUUGUGGAAAGAAAUGGCACAAACAGUGUUUUAAGUGUGUGGCUUGUAGCAAAACUGUAAACAGUUCAACCAUGCGAGAUAAAGAUGGUGAGCUGUACUGUGCCAGUUGUCACACCAGGUUGUUUGGUCCAAAGGGUUAUGGUUAUGGCGUUGGCAGUGGUGUGCUUAGUACUGACACUGGCAAGGCAGGGGAGACUGUUUCCACAGCUCCAAAAACUGCCCCCAUCAAUUCUGGUCUGUUGGGACAAGGGAAACUUUGUCCAAGAUGCAGUCAAGUUGUGUAUGAUGCUGAAAAGGUUCGGGCAGUUGGAAAGGUUUUUCACAAGUUAUGUUUCAAGUGUGUAACAUGUAGCAAGGGUCUGACUCCAACAACCAGGAGAGACCAUGAGGAAGAAAUCUACUGCAGAGCCUGCUAUGAAAAGAACUUUGCCCCAAAAGGAUUUGGAUUUGGUUCAGCACUAAUGAGGACAUGAAUAUCAUCUAAAAAAUACCAAAAACAAAAAAAAUAAAUGUCACAGGGUAAAAUGAGUUACCACUUACAGCACUGACAUUCCCACUAAUUCUAUUUUUUAAGUUUUCUUAAAUUUUUUUUUAACCUCAAUGGCAAUUAUUUUUCUGAGAUGAUACUGUUAACUGUGUUUUGGAGAAUAAGGUUUCCUAUAUCAGGACUGUAAUAUAUUUUUCUCAUAUAGUUUUGUUAGCUUUGCUUUUUUACUACACUUCUGAUCCAUCUUUUAAUAGUCUUUAUGAAAUAGGGAUCAAAGUUGAAAAUUUUAACAGAGAAUGCAUUGUCAACAAAAGCCUUGCAGAUAAUGGAGAGGUCUGCAAGGUUGAUAGAAAGGUGAUUUGAAGAUUGAAUUGGGGGUAGUUUUUAAUGUAGUGUAACCAAGGGGUGCUACUUAAACUAUUUUUCUAUCACUCCCUGGAAAAUUUACCUAUUAUUUAAACAGUUUACGUCAUAGCUAUGUCUGGGCUUUUUCCAGUUUAUAGAAUAAUAUAUUUGUCAACUUAGUGUUCUACUAGACUUCUCUAAUGCAUCAUGAUGUCAGUGAGAAAGGGACGUUUUUUUUGUAAUAAAAUUCAUGAUAAU